CCUGACAGCGGCUCACCGGGAGCAGGCCGCUUGCAGUCCCUUUCAUACCGACUUGAUCUGUUCGCACACUCAUUACAGAUUCCGAGGAGUCGCGAAGGUUUCAGAAGGGCUAUAAGGAUGGCUGCGAAGAAGCUGAUAGCAGUCUGCGGGGCGACGGGGAACCAAGGAGGAUCUGUCGCCAAGUUGUUGCUACGGAACCCGGAACAAUACGUGGUCCGGGCGCUGACUAGAGACCCUACGUCGGCCCCGGCACAAGCACUGGCGAAGCUGGGCGCGUGCGUCGUGAGCGUGGACCUCACCGUUCCGACGGACGUCCAUGAGGCGCUACAAGGAUGCUGGGGCGUGUUCGGCGUCACGAACUUCUAUGACCCCAAAAUCAAGGAUGACCCAGAGAGUGAGGAGAGGCAGGGCAAGAACCUGGUCGAUGCCGCCUUAGCUGCCGGUGUGCGGUGCUUCGUGUGGAGCACGGUACCAAGCUCCGCCAUUCUCUCUGGCGGUAGGCUCGUCUCCCAGGUGUACGAAGGGAAAUACCACGUCACGCAGUACAUCCAGGAGAUAGGUCUUCCCGCGACCUUCCUUUACACGGGCAACUUCUACGAGAACAUGGUCUAUCGCUCGCACAUGGUGUAUCACCGCGACAAGGACCAGGUGGAGUUCCUUCAGCCCAUCGUGAAGGAGACUACGGAACUCGCGAUGCUCUACGUCGAGAAGGACCUGUCUGCUAUCACGAAGGCCGUAUUCGACCACUGGGGUACGGAGCAUGCGGAGCUCAACCACAAGUUCCUUUACUGUGCCAACGCGCGGCUCACUCCGCUCGAUAUUUGCGAGAGUGUCAAGAGAGUGACAAGAAAGCCGUGCGUCUACACGAUUCUCCCGACGACGCAUGUACCCGACCGCGACAUCAUGCUCCAUCUCUACAACGAGAUGGGGAUGUACGGCGCGAAGGAGAUCCCGGACGAGAACGUCUUGAAGUUGGGCGUGCGGCUGCAUGACAUCGACGACUUUGUGCGGAGGAGACUGGUGCCGCACUUGGGCUUGCCGGUUGUAGGUUAAGGGGCGUUUGUCGACGAGAACGCGCGCAGAGCGCCAAUCUUGACACUGGUUGAUGCGAGCGUUAACAUCAAUU